CCCUGCCGGUCCCCCUGCCGCAGGGGUAGUGCUCGGCUCUGCCCUCCCCACGGGGUGGGGGCCAGGCUCGGCACCCUCCCGCUCGCCACUGAAAUGCGACCGGGAACGCGGGCACCCGGGACCCGGCUGCAGCUGCCAGCUCCGCGUCCCGCUCCUGAGCCACACGCUGGCGUAAAAUGUCCCGGGGACCCUCCUAGCACUUGCCGCCGGCCAUUCAUAAAUCCAUGCGUGUGCGUGCCCGGCGCCGCGGAUAUGGGGCUCUAACGAGGCGGAGGCGAUAUUUCUGACACAAACUGAUCCUGGCUCCUCAACUUUGCCAUCUCGGAGAAGGCAAAGGGCACCGCGGCUUAAAAUCGCCCGGGGCUAGAAUUACCAGGAAGGAAAAGAGAGAGAAAUGAAACCCCAACUGUACCUGGCGGCAUCUGGGAAUCCCUCGCCGGCACCGAUCGUAAUCCCCCUCUGCGCCUCUGGCCCCCCACACCAAAACUUUGCCGCCGCCGCUCCUCGGUGGUGGCCUUCGCCGCCCUCCGCCCGGUGCCGCUCCCGGCCGGCCCCGUGGGCCCGUGCCCCACCGGCAGCCGCCGCUUCGAGCGACCCCCGCGCCUCCCGCGCCUUCCUCCGCCCUUACGAGGCGGCAGCAUCGUCCUCCCCCCUGAUCCGCCACCUCCUCCUCCGGCGCGCAGCCCACGGCUCUGGCAUCCCCAACGCACUUUCUCUCCUCGACUCGCUCUCUCUUCCCCCUGCCGUUCCGCCUUCUCCGGUAAAAAAAAUAAACCAGAAGGGACCGCGGCUACGCUUGGUCUUUGGGUUUCUUUCUUUCCUUUUUUUUUUUUUUUUCUGUCCUCUGGAAAUGAUGAAAGGAUCACAUGAGGAGCAGGCACGGCGACCCAGGACCCUCAGAAGUCGGAGAAGGCAUCGGGCACAUAUAUCCUCUGCAUACUUUUCAGAGCACUUAUUUGAGCAUGAUUUAUAUUUCCUUCCUGAAGCUGAUGGACAACCAGUGCAUUUUCUAGUGAAAAACCCCCACUUUCUUAUCCUCAGUCCACCAUCCCUCCGUUCUCCGUGCUCCCGGUAUUUAUAAACCUGUCACCAACAUAUAAGGCAGAGCAGACCAUUGUCGAUUGCAGGUAUUUCUGCUCUCUGUGUCCCCAGUCACGGAAGAAAGUGGGAAUGUUAAAAAGUUCUGCAAGGCUGCAGAAAGUUUCCCUGCCCUACAGUCUCAGAGGGAUUAAACAGAAUUAUUCCUGUUCCUCUCCCUGCCUCUGGACCCUCAGCCAGUCCACCCCUCAAGUCAGUGGAUGAUACACAGGUCAUUUUUUCGUCAACUCAAGAUCAUGUCAAUCCAGAAAAUUACUUAAUCGGGCAUUACCUGCUC